AUGAGAAACCCCGAGGGAAGUUUCGCGGCGGCGCCCGCAUCGUUGGCGGAGAUUGAGCUACAAGAUACGGAAGGUCUGCCCGGCCUACCGCCCGCGCCCACCCGUCGUCCGAACGGGGCACUCCACGGGAACGGAGCCUCCUUGUCUCCAUCCUCCUCCCAGACCAACCUGCUCGGUGGGCGAGGUUCAAACGAAAUCAGCUACGACCCGUUCAGGUCGCACACCACGCAGGUGUACGACGACAGAAGCGACGGGGAUGACGACGAUGCGAGGGACAAGCCCGCGUUUGGAACUGAGGACGACGACGACCGGGACAAGGGCGUCAUCGCAGCGGACGUGAUGGGAGCGGAGCCCAGCCGGUUCGUGCGAUGGACGGUGCGCUUCCCGCUCGUCGCCAUGUUCCUCAGCGCGGUUCCGUUCAUACUGGUGUCGGGGUGGACGCUGUGGAUGUUCGGCGUGAACGUGGACUUCUCCCUGGACUCCUUUCGUAUCCGUGACCACCCGGCUGCGGAGCUCGCGGAUGCGUUGCAUUCGUCCAAGGAACAGAGCCACCUGUGGUGGACCCGGCUGAGAGAGGACGAGGGCGCGGGGCGGUACGUGCUGGUCACGGGUAUCCCAGGGUCGAUCAAGACGGGAAGCAGCAACAGGGCGCUCCUGUCCUCGGACGGGUUCGGUGGAGACAACACGAGUUUGGCGAUGCGUCGGCGACUGUUGGUGGAUGCGCCCGAGGAGCCGUGGCGUCACAUUGUUCGAUGGAGCUGCCACGUCAUAUACCACACUGUUCCGGAGGGUAAGAACAUUCUAACCGCAUCCAGCAUGAACCAGGCGAGAGCACUUGAAGUGGACAUGCAGGACAGCGCCGGGUACGACAGGUUCUGCUGGCAGGGCUUUGAGAAGUCCACACUGCUGGAUAACGACUGCCAGCCCGCGAACAGCGUAGUGCCCAUGUUCUUUAAGCUGUCGGAGUCUGGACGCGCGGGGAGGCAGUUCGGGGACGUCGUGCGCGUGACCGCUCAGCUUGCGGCUGAGGGUCUGUACGGGUACACCGAUAAAACCUUCGAUCCGAGCAGGGGCACCGCAACUGGGUUGAGGGCGGAGUUCAACUUUGGUACCCCUGUAGACGGGUUCACCUCUGAGAAGGACAGGUCGGGCGCACAACGAGAACAGUUCGCGGAAUUCGUCAAGGCACAACUAUAUCCGAAGCUCAAAGCUGCGAGCAACUACGGCGAGAACCCUGCGAACGGGCCGGAUAGGCUCGGUGUCACAUUCGGUGGGGAUGUCAUCACCGAGCUUGAGAUUGUGGAGGCUUUAUACCGUGACGUGUCGCUGGCAGGUAUCGGGUUCAGCAUAGUGUCCGUGUAUAUGUGGGCGCAUCUCGAUGGGUCGGUGUUUCUAGCGGCGUGCGGCAUGGCCGAGAUCGUCAUAUCGUUCCCCCUGGCGUACGCCUUCCAUCGUGUGGUCAUGGGUCUGGAGUACGUGUCCAUCCUGCAGUUUCUGGCGGUAUUCGUGAUCCUCGGCAUAGGCGUGGACGAUGUCUUUGUGUUCUACAACACGUAUGCACAGGCCACGCGGGCGGUGGGUCGGGACGGUGAUCUCACCGCGAGGCUUUCGUACGCGUAUGAACACGCGGGAAGGGCCAUGCUCGUGACAUCGUUUACAUCUGCUGCGGCAUUUUGUUCAAACCUGGCAUCGGCCAUACCUGCGGUGAGAGUCUUUGGGGUGUUCCUCGCAGUGAUGGUGGGUGCUAACUACGUGCUCGUGGUGACGUGGUUCCCCGCGUGUAUCGCGUGUUGGGAGAUGUACAUCAGGCCCGUGCAGGACCGACCAUUGGAGCCGGUCAUGGGCGCAAACAUGUCAAUGACGCGCAGGUUUGCGGCAUUUGUGAACAGGUGUAGACCCUUGGAGUGGGGUGCAUCCAGGUUCAAACGAAAGUACCCUUGGUUGUACCGCGACUGUACAUUCAAGAACUACGCGCGGUUCCUGCGCAGACGCCGACGCUGCUUAAUAUUUCUGUGCAUUGGCUUGGGCGCGGGGGGUAUGGUCGUGGCGACUCAGUUGCCGGGCAGCAACGAGGUUCCCAAGAUGUUCCCCGACGGUCAUAACGUUCAGAGGUUCCUGGAUUGGACGCAGACCAAGUUCGCGGACGAGAGCCUGGGGUGCGCUUCUUACAGCGACUGCGCUCAACACGCUGCCGAUGAGAUCAAGCAGCUGGACGACCUGACGCCUUCGCCACCCCCGCGUCCGCCCAUCGUUCCUUUCACCGAGGCUGAGAUCCAGACCAUGGCAACGGACGUGAUGACCUACUUUGACAAGGAUGGCGACAGCGAACUGAGCUAUGCCGAGCUUGAGUCUGCGUUCACGGCGAUGGGUUUAGAGCAGCUCAUCGACGCGGGGGGCGGUAGCAGCGGAAUGGAGAGGCUGGUGAACGGUGUUUUGAGGGAUUACGGCACAGGGACCGGGGGCAAGCUAUCCAGGGACGGGCUGCUCAAGUACCUGAACAACACCAACGACACCCAGCCCGGCGUGUUGAGGUACGCGCGAGCGUACCUCGACGGUUGGCUAUCGACGGUGCCUCCGCCACCGCCGCCCCCCCCUUCACCGCCGCCGCCGCCGCCGCCGCCGUUCCCCGCGAACGCGCCGAGGCCGCCGCCGCCGCCGUCGCCGCCGCCGGCCAUCCCGCCGCCCCCUUCACCGCUGCCGCCGCCGCCGUCGCCGCCCGCACCGUCGCCGCCGCCGCCCGCGCCCGUCGGAACUCCACCGUCGCCGCCGGCACCGUUUCCGCCGGCACCGCCGCCGCCGUCGCCGCCGCCGCCGCUUCCGCCGGCACCUCCCGUUCCGAGGAGCCCGCCGCCGAAGCCCGCGUGGCCGCCGCCUUUUCCACGAGCGCCCGCGUUCCCCGACUUCCCCGACGCACCUCCUCCGCCCGACGGUAUCCCCGCGCCGGAGGCACCUCCCGCGCCGCCCGCGAAGCGCACCAACGGGACCAACUUCGAGUACGUGACGCUGGUGUGGGGAUUGACGAACGUGAGGAGGACCGCGGUUGAGGCGCUCGACCCUUUCAGCAGCUCGGGUGAGCCGGUAUUGGACCAGAGGUUCGACGCGUCCGAUCCGGAGUUCCAGAUUGCCGCCGUGGAGCUGUGCGAACGACUGAGGCGGACCUCGGAGCUGGUGAUGGAGGUUGAGCCGUGCUUCAUGGAGUCGUUGAAGGCGUGGGCGAGCGUGGAGAGCAGGAGGCUGACUUACGGACUGUUCCCUUUUUCUCCUGCGUCCGUGUUUGUCAAGGCUGCGAGCGACUUCAUACAGAACCGCAUGUCGCUCAAGGACAGCGUGGGUCUGAUUGAGGGUCAGUCGUACAACCGCGGCGCGGUGACGGAUGUCCGACUGGCGUACUUGAAGGUCAAGGUGAAGACCACCGUGCCUUGGAACCAGCCAUCGAACGUUAUAGGUGACUGGUACGCGCGGUGGAACGAUUUCCUGGCCGAGUUCAACGCCAACGUGGAUGACAGAACCUUCCUCCGCAACCUCACCACCGACGAGGUCGGCGAGUACCUCUGCCCGGCGAAUGUGUGCAACAUGCCAAAGGUUAGAAUCACCGGGGAGAUGUUCGUGAGGAUGGCCACGGAGCAGGCGGCGGUGAGCGGGACAAUUCGAGCCAUCGCCAUAUCCACCACGUUUGCCGUCGGGUCGGUAAUCAUAUUCACCGGCAACGCUGUCGUGGCCCUCAUCGCGUUGAUAUGCCUGAUCUCCAUCAUCGCGAGUGUUCUCGCAAUCUUCACGAUGGCGGGUUGGACGUUGGGGAUUGUCGAGGCGGUUUCGAUCACCAUCCUGGUCGGUCUGUCCGUCGACUUCAUUCUCCAUCUCGCCGAGGCGUUCACCAAGAGCUCGUUUCACGCGAGGGGGGACAGGGGUGAAGACGCGGUGGCAAGGCUUGGCGCGGCUGUGUCCGCAGCUGGCGUCACGACGUUCAUAGCGGUCAUACCCAUGCUCGGGUGCACGGUACAGAUCAUGUACAAGUUUGGCGUCAUCAUCCCCGUGUGCAUCGUGCUGUCGCUGUUUUACAGCCUGCACAUGUUUGUGCCCUUGAUCAUGCAGUUCGGACCCCAGGGGUCCGACAUGGGGUUCCUGAGGGGUCUCCCCAGCAUCAUAUUCAGGACACCGGCGAGGCGGUUCUCGUUUUUGUUCGCAGCGGGUUGCGUCGCGUGCUUGGCCAUUCCGAGCACGUUGGCAAUCGUGAACGAGAACGUGGGAACGUUUGUGGUGGUGCUUCUGGUGUGCACGGCCGUGCUGUACGCGUGGCUGAGGGUCGAGCGGACGAAGGAGGAGACGGGCGCCAUGCCCGACCCGACCGUCGCCGCGGGCGGUCCGGAGACGAGCGGCGGGUACUCGAGGGGUCCGUCAUCCAGCCGAGAGCCAUUCGCGUCCAUCGGCGGUGGUCUACCAGACCUGCCCCAGAUGCCCAGUCCCGGCGGUAUGGAGGAAGGAGCGUUGCCCCCGGCGCCGUCGCGCGGGCCCGUCAAGCUGUUCCAAGAGGAGGUGGAGUUGAGCUCGAUGCGCAGUCGCAGUCGACGUUGA